AUGACUGAGAAACGGAAUAAAGCUGUAUAGAAUAGCCAUGAUGAAAAUUUCAUUUAUCACUUCAAGUUAGUUCAAAUAAGAGUUAUUAUAUGGCUGCAGCUUGAUUAUAAUAAUUGUGCUGAUUAAUUCCAAUUGGCAUAGAAGCAAGAUUUGGAUGGCCUGAAGGUCCUCAAGUACUACAAUAAUUAUGGAGUAUAAAAGUCUUUUAAGCAAACAAAUAGCAUGAUAGUAGAUAACUAUACUGUCUUGCUUUAUUUUAAUAUUUUCAAUUAAGCAUCCAUAUUGAGUUUAGAAACUGAUUCCAUUCAUCAUUUCAUUAUAGUUUCUUAUCUAAAUUAUAGCAAAAGCAGCUUUAAGUAAUAAAAAAGUUACAUUCGAAUUUAAAAGUUGAAUUGGCUUAGAAGGAUAACAGAUAUAGUUAAAAAAAUAAUUAAUACAAGAGCAUAAAACAUCAAUCCAAGAUUUAAUAUGAUAUUCUUUGAGCUGUAGUUCAUUAGAGAAUAAAAAUAAUUGAAUGGCUCAUAAUCUUCAAACUCAUCAAAUUCAAAUAUGGCUCUAUUAAUGUUAUCUGUUGGUAUGAGAUUAAAGCUAGCAAUAUCAUUAAUGAAACCAAAGAAGUAUAGAGUAUUUGAAGGAAUCAUUAUGGAUAUUAAAGAUAGAUGA